UGUCACAUUGCGUUAACAAUGUAUUUACAUGUUUUUGUCGUCUCCUUUUGUUUCGUGAUUGGGUCUGGUGACCCUACCCCAGGGAAAUACACCAUCGACGACACACCCGGGUAUGGGCGUGGUUUCGAUGGCAUCGGAGCUAUCAGUGGUGGAGGGGCCACCUCCAAGCAGCUGCCAGGCUACAUGUUCAAGUACCAGGAUCAGAUUUUCGACUUCUUGUUCAAGCCAAAUUUCGGAGCAUCUUUGCAAAUAUUGAAGGUAGAAAUCGGAGGGGAUGCUCAGUCUUCAGAGGGAACGGAGGCAUCUCACAUGCACAACAGCUGGGACGAGAACUACUACAGGGGCUACGAAUGGUGGAUAAUGGAAGAAGCAAAGAAGAGGAACCCGAACAUCAGGCUGUACGGUCUCCCCUGGGCGUUCCCCGGCUGGGUGGGUAAUGGCUCCGUCCACGACCCCUGGGGGGACCCCCAGCUCACUGUGGACUAUGUGGUCAAGUGGAUAGAGGGAGCCAAGGUCUUCCAUCAUCUGGAUAUAGACUAUAUUGGGAUAUGGAAUGAAAGACCCCACAGUGUUCCCUAUAUAAAGUUACUGAGGCGGACUCUGGACCAAAGAAACCUGACCAGUGUGAGGAUAGUCGCCGCGGAUGGUUUUUGGGGAGGCAUUGUCCAAGACAUUCUACAGGACUCGGAGCUCGCAGACGCCGUGGACUCUAUUGGAACCCACUACCCGGGAACGCUGUCCCCCCGCGAGGCCGUCAUGACCGGUAAACAACUGUGGGCGUCGGAAGACUACGGAAGCUUCAACGACGAGAUUGGCGGGGGAUGCUGGGCUAGGACUCUCAACAUGAACUAUGUCAACGGCCUCAUGACAUCUUCCAUUGCGUGGUGUAUGGUGACCGGGUUCUACUACCCCCUCCCUUGGUACAGAGACGCCCUGAUGACGGCAAACAGGGCCUGGGAUAACAGCUACACCGUCAACACUCCCAUAUGGAUCACAGCCCACACGACCCAGUUCACGGAGAUAGGAUGGCACUAUCUGGCUCACGGCUCUGGGGUGGGGAAUUUCUCCGGGGGAGGGAGUUACGUGUCCCUGGUCAGCCCUGACGGCAAGAACCUUACCAUUGUCAUAGAAACCAUGAGUCACGACCACUCCGUGUGCACCAGGCCGCCCCUGUCUCCAUACACAGUCAGUCAGCAGAACGUCACACUCGUCCUCAAAGGAAGCUUCAGGAAUAUCACCACGCUGAAUGUGUGGCGCACCAGAUUCCAGUAUGGCGGUAAAGCGUCAACUGUGUUCAGGAAACUCCGUCCCGUUAAGGUGCGAAGGAACCGCGUCAAGCUACAGCUCCUCCCGGACGAGGUGUACACCCUCACCACGAUGCCCACAGGCAACAAGGGGUCCUUCCCGUCGGGGCCCUCGCAGGGAGACUUCCCCUUCAUCUACCUGGAAAACUUUGAAGGCUACUCUCAAAAUUCGGAGCCAUUUACGUUUGCCCAACAGAUGGGAUCUUUCGAGGUUAUAUACACUGGUGUACCCCAUAAAAACGUGUUGCGUCAGAUGGUCCUGCAGGAACCGGUGUCGUGGUGUAGUCCCGAGACACAGAUACAACACCCACUCAACAUUGUCGGGGAUUACAACUGGACGGACGUCAGUGUGGAGAUGGAGAUCAAGCUCGGUGACGUGAACGGCAGUAACGGCUACUUCCUGGCUGUGAGGGUGGACAGAGGGGGAUGCAACUCCUCAUCCGCCAGGGGCGUUUUUCUCUACAUCUACCCCAGCCAGAAACAGUUCGUCCUCUCCGCCGACAUAGGCCAGACCUCGACCAUUAUGAAAGGCAGCAUUGAGACGCCAAAUCCCGCCUGGAACAAAGUGUCCCUUAAAGCAGAGGGAAACUAUGCCGACGCGACGUUCAACGACGUCAGCCUGAUGCAUGUGCAGCUGCCCAGUGGUCCAGCUAAUGGCUUUGUUGGUCUGGGAACGUCUUCCUGGGGGUUGGCUGACUUCGACAACAUGCUGAUACAGCCAGCCAACUGGACCAGCACGGCCAGGACACAGGAAGAUAGCAGGCUGUACUUUAAGCCUGGACAAUAGUGUCGUUGGAUGUGGUGGUUAUAGGGGCUGUGUUUGACACAUUCUGAAAUUGCUAACCAUUUGAAUUGAAACAGACUGGAUUGACAGAUAUCAAAGAUUGUGCACGGCAAUUUGGUGUACUUUAAGAUUUAUGGUUGGAAUGUUUAUGUUUUUAUUUGUAAUUGAGGUAUGCCUCACGAUAUAAAGUGUUUUGUUUAAUCCUUAUAAACUAAUGUUUGUCAAUAAAGUCAGUUUCAACAGA